GGGCACUCUCGCGCGCGCCUCGGCUCUCAGGCUCAGUGAGAGAGCGCACCGUCUCGCGCGUCGCACACAGCCGCACUCGCACGUGGUGGCCCAGUGAGGUGUGCAGCAGUAUCUAUGACACCGCCAUAGAUCGUAGGAACGGCGGCAAGAGCAGUAUCCAUUGAUAACACGAUCUACAGUGAUGCAGGCAAUGCUGCUCUCAUGCAUAGCACUGCUCUCCUGCACAUGUGCGGGAGCUCUGGUGCCCACCGCGGCACCGCGUCGUCGGCGGCGACACAGCCCGAAGCUGCGGAUGUCCGCCGACCAACCAGUACUGAUGCGAAUCGUGUUCGCGGCGACGACUACAGCAUCAGACGUCAGACAAGCCAUCAAAGAGUACCCCGUGUGCGAUCUGCCGGGCGCGCCGACGGCCUCGACGGAAGGCGACACCCAGCUCAUGCUCUGGCGCGCGCCACCCGAGGGCGACGCCUACGCGUCGGAGGUAAAACGGAGGUCGCGUUGCGAGAUCGACCGCGUGCCGUACGCCGGCGGCGAGUCGGUCCCGGACGGCGGCAUGGCGUUUCGCAUCAGCACCGACGGCGCUGUGGCGCUCGAGGCCUCGCGGGUCGUCGCCGACCCGGGCGAGCUGCCCAAGGUCAUCCGCGAAAAGCAGCUCUGCAAGAAGAUGCUCGCGUGGCUCGAGGGCCGCGUCGAGUGCACGUCGUCGAGCCUGCGGCCCGUGGGGAGCGGGUCAUUCUAAUCCAUGAGGCUAUCUACACAAAUCCCGCACGCAGCGAAAGCCUGCCUCAACGCCUCCGAC